AUGGGGAACCGGGGCAUGGAAGACCUGAUUCCCCUGAUUAACAAGCUUCAAGACGCUUUCAGCUCCAUUGGCCAGAGUUGCAAUUUAGAUCUUCCUCAGAUUGCUGUGGUCGGUGGACAGAGCGCUGGCAAAAGCUCAGUCUUGGAAAAUUUCGUCGGCAGGGACUUUCUUCCGCGUGGAUCAGGCAUUGUUACCCGGAGACCUCUCAUCUUGCAGCUGGUCAACAAUAAAGCAGAAUAUGCUGAAUUCCUGCACUGCAAAGGGAAGAAGUUUGUGGAUUUCGAGGAAGUGCGGCAGGAAAUUGAAGCGGAGACUGACAGGAUAACUGGCUCCAACAAAGGCAUCUCUCCCAUCCCAAUUAACCUGAGGGUUUACUCCCCACACGUGCUGAACCUGACCCUGAUCGACCUUCCGGGAAUGACUAAGGUGGCCGUCGGCGACCAGCCCGUAGACAUCGAGCACCAGAUCAGGGAUAUGCUGAUGCAGUUCAUAACCAAGGAGAGCUGUCUGAUCCUGGCCGUCACCCCUGCCAACUCUGACCUGGCCAACUCAGACGCUCUGAAGAUUGCCAAGGAGGUGGAUCCACAGGGUCUGCGUACCAUUGGUGUUAUUACCAAACUUGACCUGAUGGAUGAAGGGACAGAUGCAAAGGACAUCCUAGAAAAUAAACUGUUGCCACUGCGUAGAGGCUACAUUGGUGUGGUGAACCGCAGCCAGAAAGACAUCGAUGGAAAGAAGGACAUUCGUGCGGCUCUCGCUGCAGAGAGGAAGUUCUUCCUCUCCCACCCUGCUUACAGACAUUUGGCAGAGCGUAUGGGCACACCACAUCUACAAAAAACACUCAACCAGCAAUUGACCAACCACAUCAGAGAUACCCUGCCUGGUCUGCGCAGUAAACUGCAGAGCCAGCUCCUCUCCCUGGAGAAGGAGGUGGAGGAAUACAAGAACUUCCGUCCAGACGACCCAACACGCAAGACCAAGGCCUUGUUGCAGAUGGUGCAGCAGUUUGGUGUGGACUUUGAGAAGUGCAUUGAGGGCUCUGGGGACCAGGUAGACACCAAUGAGCUGUCAGGUGGCGCCAAGAUCAACCGCAUCUUCCAUGAACGCUUUCCCUUUGAACUGGUCAAGAUUGUGUUUGACGAGAAGGAGCUAAGGCGAGAAAUCAGUCACGCAAUCAAGAAUGUCCACGGUGUCAGAACGGGGCUGUUCACUCCAGACCUGGCGUUUGAGGCCAUCGUGAAAAAGCAGAUCGUUAAGCUGAAAACGCCCUGUCUCAAAUGUAUCGAUCUGGUCAUUCAGGAGCUCAUCAACACAGUCAGGCAGUGCACCAACAAGCUCAAUUCUUACCCCAGACUGAGAGAGGAGACUGAGAGGAUCGUCACCACCCACGUCAGAGAGAGAGAAGGGAAGACCAAGGACCAGGUUCUGCUGCUGAUUGACAUUGAGCUGUCCUACAUCAACACCAACCAUGAGGACUUCAUUGGCUUCGCAAAUGCCCAGCAGAGGAACACAGCCGCAAACAAGAAGAGGGCCAUACCCAACCAGGGUGAGAUUCUGGUGAUCAGGAAAGGCUGGCUAACCAUCAACAUCAGCAUCAUGAAAGGAGGCUCCAAGGAGUACUGGUUUGUCCUGACUGCUGAGUCCCUGUCCUGGUACAAAGAUGAGGAGGAGAAAGAAAAGAAGUACAUGUUGCCACUGGAUAACCUGAAGAUCAGAGAUGUGGAGAAAGGCUUUAUGUCCACAAAACACAUCUUUGCAAUCUUCAACACUGAACAGAGGAACGUGUACAAAGAUCUUCGCCAAGUAGAACUGGCCUGUGACUCUCAGGAGGAUGUGGACAGCUGGAAAGCGUCCUUCCUCAGGGCAGGAGUUUAUCCAGAGAAGGACCAGACGGAGAAUGAAGAGGCUGCCCCUGCAGACACGUUCUCUAUGGACCCUCAGCUGGAACGGCAGGUGGAAACUAUUCGCAAUCUGGUGGAUUCGUACAUCGGUAUCAUCAACAAAUCCAUCAGGGACCUCAUGCCCAAGACCAUCAUGCAUCUCAUGAUCAACAAUGCAAAGGAUUUCAUCCACUCGGAGCUGCUGGCCUACCUCUACUCAUCUGGGGACCAGAACAGCCUCAUGGAGGAGUCAGCUGACCAGGCCCAGCGAAGAGACGAAAUGUUACGCAUGUACCAUGCACUCAAGGAGUCACUGAACAUCAUUGGUGACAUCAGCACCACCACCAUCUCAACCCCAGUACCACCCCCGGUCAACAACACCUGGAUCCCAGAAGCAAGCCCAACUCCUCAGCGCAGGCCGCCUCCUGCAGCGGCCCCGCCCCCCAGCCGCCCGCCUGCUGUUCGGGGCCCAACACCAGGGCCACCCAUGAACCCCUCCCCUGCCUUUGGCGCUCCACUCAACCCCUCCCCUGCCUUCGGUGCACCACCAAUCCCCUCUCGACCAGGCCCACCCAUGAACGCCUACAACAGCAACCUGGAUCCCUUCAGUGCACCCCCACAGAUCCCCUCGCGACCAGCCCGCGUCCCACCAGGUGUACCCAGCCGAAGACCCCCUGGCGCUCCUUCUCACCGGCCCACCAUUAUCCGCCCUGCUGAGCCCUCCCUGCUAGACUAGACCUGUGGCCAAGCCCACCUAAAGUGUGUGUGUUUGUGUGUGGGUGUGUGUAUCUGCACACUGAAGGCCAGCGGCGGGGGCUCGAGGGGAGGGGGCGACUGAUAGCGGUGCAUUAUGUGCACCGUCCAGCCGUAUUAAUAUGUCUCUUCAAGCAAUGUAAUAAGCUGCUAAUACCGUCUUUAUCAGUGCACAUGAACGAGAGAAAAGCCCCUAACAACUUGAAUAUUACAUUUGACUGCUGUGGCAAUUGUCUAAUACAAAAUAAAACCCAGCUGAUCUGUAGGACGAAGUUAUCAUCAGUAGGAGAUGAUGUGUCAGAUUCAGUUCAAGAGCUUUUUUUUAUUGUAAUAACUGGUUUAUUUCCUCUGACAAGGUUCCCGGCAAAGCUCAUUAAGUAACUUAUUAACUGUUACAGGCUGGCUUUCCUCUCCCCUCCCUUCACCGUUUUAGAUUGGCCCAGACUCCCCCAAGUCUUGACCUCUGUAAUAUACACGCUUAACCUGUUAAUGUUUACUGGGUUUUCAUUUUCUAACUGAUUUCAUACUGAAAACAAUAGCUUAUUAUCACUGUUGUAAUUUUGGUAAUGUCGAUUACAUUUUUCCCCCCUUGUGUUAUUUUAUUUGAGGGACUUUGUCCUUUUUUAAUGAGCGUCAUAAAUGUAGCUUUAAGAGUGAAAAUCCUAAUGCAGAGAAGAAGAAAACGAGGCGUGAACAGACGGGGGGCAGAGUUGCAUGAGACUAAGAAAGAAGCUUCAGCCCCCUUCUGUGAAUGAUUCUUCCACGGUGAAAAAGAUGUCAGCCAGAUUGACCUUUACAAUCCAAGCACUUGCAACCAUCUAGCCUUACAACUAGCCACUCAUAACGGGGAUGUUGUCGACCGUUACCAGAACACUAUGCACAAAAAUCUGGGAGAGGGAGAGCGAGACUGAAGGCUGUCGGUCUGAAGCUUUCUCUCCGACAAAGAUGUUAAAGCCUUGAUUUUUAAUCCCUUUAGUCUGAAUUGAACCCCGGUGCGACGUUGAGCCUUCGGGUAGACUUUGUUCAUUCCUGGAUUAGCUGAUUCAUAUAGAGCAGAGCACACAGUACAAUUUCCUCUCAGAGAGGAUAAAACUCAGUGAAGCAGUGGGGUGUGUUGACGAGGAUGUAUCCGUGAUUUAGAGUAUAAAGAUGGUGUUGAGCGUUUAGGAGUUGGCACAUCUCUUUCUGGGCUUAGUUGCCAAGGACAUUUAUUAUUGCUAUCAGUUCUGCUUCCACGCGUUAAAAAUAUUGUAUAUAGCUGGCCUAUACUGGGGAGUUAGCACUUGUAUCUCGUUUAAUUGCAGGGUUGAUGACAAAAACAUUCUACUGAUUAUAAUCAAUGCCCACAAUGAUAAAAUGCAACCGCAGUCGUCACAUGAAAAGAAGCACUAACAUUGUCAUUUCAUAGAUCAGCCUUCGUUUUGGGGGGAAAAGAGAAAGGUCACUUCCUGAUGCAUUAUUUAUAACCUGGGCAUUCGUCAUUUCAUUUGAUGUUUUUGGUUGCUAUUGUAUCAGCUCUGUACAACUCAGCUCCCCAGCUUCUCCCGGACUGUUAUUUGGGGUUCUGCUAUGGGGAAUAAGUGUCUAAACAUUUGUGUUGUGUGUUGGGAGGGCACCUGGGGUUAGACAUUGUCUACACAUCUGUGAUUAAUUGAUGAUGAAUAUCUUUUGAUUGCUCUGUGAGGGUAUUUGACCGUGUUAAACCAACUUUUAUUGAAGGUGUUUAGGGAGAAAGUGCUCAAGCGGGGUGUGACGUUGGGCUACUAGGAUGUUUCCUGUUAUUGGUUUGAUCAGUAGUGGUGGUGAGCAGGUGGUGGGAAUUGUGGUUUAUCAAAGCACACUCUGUCUACAGAGGCUGUCUAGACUAUUCUCUGUUCUCAAGACAGUGGAUAGUAACUCAAUUAGCAAACCUGACAAGACAAAUAAACUGUAAAGAAUUCAAAACUGUCCAAAACCACAGACUCCUGAGACAGAGUGUGUUUACUCUUCCCCUGUAAUUUUCUAUAGGGCCGGCUUUCAGUGACAGUGCCAGAAGGAGUAAAUACGUUUAUAAAACAACCCUGAAUCUAUAAAUUAGAUCUUCCACAAACCCCUGGUACAUAAAAGUUAGUAGUUCAUGUGAUAAAACUUCUUAUUGGCCAAAGUUUGUUGAAAUUCCCUCGUGCCUGUCACUUCAGCCUGCCCUCGAGAAGCCCAGACUGUAAAUACCCUGUAACACAUCAGGUUAAGGCAAUAUCGCCUCUCUGCCUAAUGGGUGUACCUUCCCUCCUUCCUCUUUCCCUCCCCUUUCUGAAUCUGGUGGAAGGGGUUGGAAACCAACCUGCAGAAAUCUCUUUUUUUCUUUUUGUUUUGCAAACCCUUGUCAAGUGCCUCUGUAGCAAUUAAUUGAUUUCAAUAAAAACCAUGGACUGAUUUAGAAUGGAGAGUAAAUAAAGAGGUGUUGUGUACAAUAAAAGGGACUGGCUCUGGU